CAUUUAAUCAACACGUUUUUAUUCCAUACGAUAAAUGCCUAUCUACCAUUAAAUAUAUUUGAGAUUGUACUGCCCCCCAGUGGGGAGAAAAAAAACGUUCAAGAAAGUUUGUAAAAUCGUAUAGGUUCUUGAAUGCAGCCAAAUGCCUGCAAUCACUCAUGUGACCCGUUCGGGAUGUUUUGUGUUUUUUUUUAGCAACGUCAUUGUAAUCAGAGGCCGCACGAAGACAUUCCUGCAGAAGGUGAUUUCGUCGCUUGGUCUAACAUUUAGGUUUAAAAAAUGGUGAAAGUAACAUUUAACUCGUCCUUUGGACAAAGGGAUUUGAAGAAAGGAUGCAAUGCCGAAGCGCUUAUUCCGGAGGAGAGGGACCUGGAGGAUGGCAUGCGAGUGCGUCGCCAGUCCAAGGUGUGCUGCUGGUACAGGUGCCUGGGCCUGGCUCUCAUGCUGUCAGGUGUGGUGGUGGGAGGGGCCUACCUUUACAAGACCUACAUACUGGAGCGCAGGGUGUAUUGGUGCGGGGUGGAUUACCUUGAGCAGGACUACAUGGUUCAGGACGAGGACGUCUUGCCCUCUGCGCUGAGACACAUCCAGGAGAGCAUCCGUGUGCUGGAGGAGGUGGAGCUAAUCAACGUGCCUGUGCCCGAGUUCUCAGACAGCGACCCGGCCGACAUCGUCCAUGACUUCAAAAGCAGGCUGACAGCCUACCUGGACCUGAGCCUGAACAAGUGCUACGUCAUCUCCCUCAACACCUCCAUCGUCAUGCCCCCCAAAGACUUGCUGGAGCUGCUCAUCAACAUCAAGGCUGGUACCUACCUUCCCCAGUCCUACCUGGUCCAUGAGCAGAUGAUGGUGACUGAGCGUCUGGAGAACGUUGACCAGCUGGGAUACUUCAUCUACAGCCUCUGCAAGGGCAGAGACACCUACAAGCUGGAACGCAGAGAGACCAUACUGGGCAGGGAGAAGCGUGAAGCCCUGAACUGCAGGACGAUCCGUCACUUUGAGAACAAGUUUGUGGUCGAGACACUCAUCUGUGAUCCUUAAAGUGAAAGGGGACUGGCUGCUUCAGACAAUCCAUGUAUAGUUUCACUCACUGUCUGCAGUGAGAUUUUUAACCCUUCUCUCUCUCCCAUAUCACCCCUCAUAGAUUCUUUACUAUUCUGUACUGCUGGUAGUUUUGAGAGUUGUCAAAUUUAAGUUCAGAUGAUUCCAAGUCAAUACUGUUGUAUAAAACUAAUGCAUUUUUCACUUUGUGUAAAGUACCAUUUUCAUUUGGGGGCAACUCUUCUCUUCAAAGAAUAAGAUAUGUGUUCAGCUUUUCUUUACUCUGGGGUUUAUUAUUGUUAAAGAAAGUGUUUAAACGGACACUUAAGUCAGUUAAUUACACUUAUCAGGUAUAACUAGAUUGAAAUAUAAACUCAAUGAGAAUAUGCUUACUUUAGCAUAGAAAAUUAAUGAUUUUUGUAUCUGCUGUCACAAGUACAGUGGGAUGAAACAAGAGGAAUCUCUGAAAACAGAGCACGUGGUAACUAACAUGUUAAUAUAGUCUGUAAAAAGGAAGAUUAAUACCACAAUAAAUCUUAAUCGUUUUA